AUGAAGACUGCCGCUGUUGUUGCUGGCCUUGCCGCCGCCGCCAAUGCGCACGCCACAUGGCAAUACUUGUGGAGAAACGGGGAGGAUCUUGGAAGCACCUGUGUCAGAAAGGUUCCGUCAAACAGCCCUGUCGAGGACUACACUGGCACCGCGCUGCAGUGCAACGUGAACCCGGCCGAUGCAGAGGGCAACUGCGAGUUUGCAGCUGGUGACACCGUCACUAUCGAGAUGCACCAACAUGACACCCGCUCUAGCACUGAGGAAGCUAUUGGCGGUGCUCACUGGGGCCCCGUACUUGCGUACAUGGCUUCCGUUGAGGAUGCUGCGGCUGCUACUGGUGCAGAGGACUUCUUCAAGGUUUACCAGAACACUUGGGCCAAGGCGCCUGGUUCGACCCAGGGUGACAACGACUUCUGGGGUACCAAGGACAUGAACUACAACGGUGGAAAGCUUGAUUUCAAGGUUCCAGCCGAUCUCGCCCCUGGCGACUACCUGCUCCGUGCCGAGGCGAUCGCUCUCCAUGCUGCCAGUGCUUCUGGAGGAGCACAGCAUUAUGUUGCAUGCUACCAGCUCACAGUCACCGGCAGUGGUUCAUUGAAGCCCACCGAUACCGUCACGUUCCCGUCUGCUUACAACAAGACUGGCCCAGGCCUCGGUUUCAGCAUACACGCUCCUCUCGACAGCUAUCCUGCUCCCGGCCCUGCUCUUAUCGAAAGCGGAACCGAGUCUACUCCUCAGCUUCUGACUUUCGGUACUAUUGAGAGCGCACCCGCUGCAAGCGCCGCUCCCUCCACUGCCACCAAGCCUGCCUCCAGCGCUGCCUCUGCCACUCCAGUUGCAAGCUCUGCCCCCGCAAGCUCCGCACCCGCCAGCUCAUCCGCUGCUGCACAGACUUCCGCUGCUGCACAGACUUCCGCUGCUGCAUCGGCUACUGCCACUGCAGUUGCCGAGCCCGCACCCAGCAGCUCUGCUGCUGCCCCCUCUGCUACUGCUUCCAGCCCCGCUGCAGAGCAGAAGUACACCAUCGCCGAAUUCAUCGCCUUCCUCGAGGAGGCUGAUGCCGCUGAUAGCUCAGCUACGUCCAGAAAGGCCAGAAGGCACGCACGUGCUUUCCGUGUCUAA